AUGCCUUCCACGAACAACAAGGAGAAGCCGUGGGACACGGAUGACAUCGACAAGUGGAAGGUCGACGCCUUCAAGCCCGAAGACAACGUCGGCGGCCACUUUGUCGAGGAGUCGUCUUUCGCGACCCUGUUCCCCAAGUACCGAGAAGUCUACCUGCGCGAAGCAUGGCCGCUGGUCACCAAGUCCCUCGAGAAGAAUGGCAUCGCCUGCACCCUGGACUUGGUCGAGGGUUCCAUGACGGUCAAAACGACGAGGAAAACCUACGACCCUGCGGCGAUUCUCAACGCCCGUGACCUCAUCAAACUGCUGGCCCGCUCUGUGCCCGCACCACAGGCCGUCAAGAUACUCGAAGAUGGCGUCGCAUGCGACAUCAUCAAGAUCCGCAGUCUCGUCAGAAAUAAGGACAAGUUCGUGAAGCGGCGACAGCGUAUCCUGGGCCCCGGUGGUACCACACUCAAGGCGCUUGAGCUGCUCACAUCGACGUAUAUUCUGGUACAUGGUAACACAGUCUCCGUCAUGGGACCUUUCAAGGGCUUGAAGGAGGUCCGUCGCGUGGUAGAGGACUGCAUGGCCAAUAUCCACCCGAUCUACAAGGUCAAGGAGCUCAUGGUCAAGCAAGAGUUGAUGAAGGACCCGGAGCUGGCCAACGAAUCCUGGGACCGCUUCCUGCCCAACUACAAGAGCCGCAACCUGAGCAAGCGUCACGUGCCGCACAAGGUCGCCGACAAGAGCAAAAAGGUCUACACGCCCUUCCCGCCGCCGCAGGAGAAGAGCAAGGUCGACCUGCAGAUCGAGGCCGGCGAGUACCACAUCGGCCGCGAGGCCAAGAAGCGCAUCGCCCAGGAGGAGCGUAUGGAGCAGCAGAAGAUCAAGAAGGAGGAGAAGAAGCGCGAGCGGGAGAAGGAGUUCAUCGCCCCCGAGGAGGGUGUUGAAAGGAAGAAAAAGAAGAGGAAGACCAGGACCGAGGACGAAGAGUAG